CGAUCGAGAAGUGGACUCACCAUCUAAGCUUUCCGCUCACCAGCCAUGGAGGCAGACUUCAAUCCUCACCAUCUCAGUAUCCGUAACCUCAAGCACAAGAUGGACAUCCGCAACCUCGUCUUCGUCUACGGGCAUCCUGACAUGGAACACACAAGAGGCCGCAUGUAUUACUUAUGGAAGGACGACGACUACAUAGUCAUCCACGGCGAGCCGUAUGCUGUGCCGGGAGUCGACCAUAAUGACCUCCUAAGUAUUUUGAGUGCCACAAAGGAGGCGAGGCAGGCGUACUGGGAACUGCUCGAGGUGUUACAGGGCAUGGUUGAUGAAAUCCAGUUUGGUCGGUCAAACUAUGCGUAUCUCGUUCGCCAGAAAGAUGGAACCCAUCGGUUGGUUUAUAAACCGAAACGCAUGGUGCUCAAUUGCCCGGCGUGGACUAGGCUGGUUGAGCUCAAAGAUAUCGAGAUCACCCGGUUGUGUUGGGGACAUACACUCGAAGGUGUCUGGCAAGGUCAGGAUGUCGAUUUAAUGAUUGGUUGCAACGACAUGUACGGCGGAGCCGUAUCUCGUGAGUCGCAAGGAUACCGAUUGAUGCAUGCCUUGGGACUAGAGAAAUACGUUUUCGAGAUGUUGGGUCAUGUCACUCGUAACGGUGUUAUCAUCGGGCUCAUGACUGUCCCUCCUACUGGACGUAAGGCGGAGCCGUCCGAUCGCUUUGCGGUAUACCAAGCAAUAUCAGACCUCCAGAGCCACGGUUUACUAUACUAUGCUGUCAACAUACAGUCCAUCUUCAUCACCGACGAAGGGGUCAAGUUCAUCAAUCUGAACACCCUUCACCAUUACAAAGACCAAGACGAGCUGGCGAAAGAAGCAGAGGACGCCCACUGGGUGUCGCUCGCCCUCAUGUUUGGUGACCCCCCAAAGCCAGAAUGGGAAAAGCGAAACGGCAACGGCGCAGACUGGCUGCUGCAAUCCCGCACUCAACCCACCAAUACAUUUGUGAUUCCUCCCAAAAUGAAGCCUAACUACUCAAUUUCGGCUCCUGCGCAAGCCUUAGUUUCAUGGCUGUGGUCAGCGACCGGAGUAGAUCCCGAGUUGGGCAUGUUUUAUCCUCAUCAUCUCAAGGUCAAAUACUCGCGCUCUUCAGGCUACGUUGUGACCAUUGUGGACCCUAAGGCUAGGAAGAAAUCUAGUAAAGCUGUCCUCGCGCCAUCUGAUGAUGACGAUGACAAAGAGUCUCGAAGCUCGAAGUAUCAAGACCUGUUGGCUAUCGACAAACCUCUGACUCUCCCUGGUGUACCGCGGCGCCCUCGCGGACAACACCGCCCUUACGACAGACCAACGCACACACAGAAGCUGAUUAUCUACCGUGGCGACGACUGAUUCCAACCCCGUUUGCGGCAUUGUAGGUAUUACCCGAGCUGAGGCUUGAUUCUGCUUUCCUUUGAUAUCGAUGUCCCUUUGUACCGUUUGCGGCAUUGUAGGUAUUACCCGAGUUGAGGCUUGAUUCUGCUUUCCUUUGAUAUCGAUGUCCCUUUGCUUUCUCACUGUUGCCUAUGCUGAAUUGUAAUAAAUGCUAUCCAUAGCACAUAAUGGCUGUCAUAAC